GCAAUACUCAAUCCUUCCAUCUAUCCCUACCGCUCCCAGACACAGGAAACACUCGUUGCAGACCCAUCUCAAACAAAAACCUACCGGCUCGCAGACGCUCCCUCGCCAUCGCCUCCGGAUCUUCUGCGACAUCUCUCUUGGCAGCGAACUCCCUCUUCAACGAGCAACCCUAACGUACUCGAUCACCCAGCGAACUCCUUCAACAUCUCCCUCAAGCCCUCGCCCAAGGAUUUCUCACAAAUUGAAGGUACUAUCCAAUGGAAUCCCAACAAGAUGAAGACACAAGUCAUCCCAACUCUCCUACUACUCAACCAAAAGGCAAGAAGAACGUUAGGAAAAGGGGCCCUACUUACAUGAUCUCAUUUCAACAAAAGAUUGAUAGCGGUCGUUUGCCACCUCCUACUACACAUUUUGAUGAAUAUGGACGGCCAACUGGUGAAGAGGUGUCUACUUUUGAGAGUUUUUUGGGGAUGCUAGCGAAGACAAGAGUAGAGAUCACUUUAAGAAAUUGGAAAGAUUAUGCCGAACCAAGAAGGGAGCUUUUGUGGCAACAUAUAUUGAAAAAGUUCAAUGUUGUUGAUCCAAAAAACAAAGCAAGGAAAACAACCUUAAAGGAUAUAUCAGACAAAGCUCGAAAAGUUAGAGCAGAUCUCGUUAGGGUAUACCUAAAUCCUUUGAGUGAGAAAUAUGGGAAGUUUCCUGGUGAUGAUUAUAAGGAGAUAACAUUGCAGAUAUGGGAUGAAUUUAUUCGUCUACAUCAAACAAAAGAGUUUCAGGCAUUGAGGGAAAAAAAUAAACAGAAUGCAUCAAAACACAAGCACCCACAACGUGCAGGACGUGGAGGGUAUAGAUUGGUGAAACAGAAAAUUAAAAAAGAGAAAUUAGCACAGAUGCAGUUAGACCUAAAUGAUCCUGAAUGUGCAAUCAGCCCUCCUUCACCACCUCGCCAUGAGAUUUGGAUAAGAGCACGCCAGGACGAGAAAGGAGCUUAUUUGUCAGGGGAGACUGCAAAAAUAGCUACGAUGAUUUCACAAUAUGAAGAGGAAUACACACGGGGGGAAUUUGUAGUAGAAGGCAGAGCAGAUAUACUGGCAGCUGCUCUACCUAAUCCAGAGCACCCUGGCCGUGUUAGAGGUGAGCAAGGAAAGGUUGGUUGGAAAGAUUACUUUACACGUACUAAAUCUUCGGAUGCCGCAUUCUCAAAAAAAGAAAUUGAGGGCCUUACCAAGAAAUUGAAGCAAAUGGAAGCCGAGAGAGAAAUAGAACGCGAAAAAUACAAAUCAGAUUUUGAAUCUGUAAGAGCUGAAAUGAGAGCAGAACUAAAAGCUAGAGAUGAUGUGUUAAUGAAGUUGUUGGGGCAAAUGAAUGGCACUUUACAAAAGGAUGAUCAACAUGUACAAACAUCUGUGGACAAUAUUCAUAUGCCAAUCUCUAAAUCAACCAUUCAACUUGAGAACAUGCCACCGGUUCUAUUAUCUCCACAUAAAAAGAUGAAAUUGGCCCAAAUAGAUGACAAGGUGGAAUCUCAAGCUUCUGAGCCCAUGCUCAUGAGAAACCAAAGCUUUACGAUCCAAAGAGAGAAAAUACAUCCAAAGAAGGCCACCGAGGAUCUGCCUGCUUUUAAUGUUGCUUUUAAUGUUGGAUUUGAGAACAUACCACCGUUAGGCGUACGUUGCAAGCUAUACUUGAACCUUCCUACCCUACGUCUAGUGGCUCGUGCAAAUGUUUUUGGACAAGGUGUAUUGCUCCAUGGCAAACCACUAAAUGAGGCACAAGCAAGGGUUUGUGUGCAAGAGGUAAUCUUGGGCGAGGAGAAUACGAUGGUACCAUAUGUGACUGAUGAAGUUCAAACUUUAUCUUCAUCGAUUGGUACCUAUAUUGCUUGGCCUAAAAAUUUGAUUGAGAUUGAGGAGCCGUCUGAGAGGCUCUUAUCUCUACAAAAAAAGAUGAAGGCAUCCAAACCAAAAGCCGAGAAAAUAUAUCAAAAGAAUGCAUCCCAAAUUUAUCCAAGAAAAAUUGGGAAUCAAAGGAUUAAGGCAUCCAAACCAAAAAAGGAGACUGUAAAGGCCACGUCUGAUAUUAGUUUUUUGCCAUGCACAUGGGAUGAACACAUGAAAACCACCUUUCAAAAGAUGGUUACGACUCAAAAAGAACCAAUGGUUCACGUCACUAGUGAUAUCAUGCGUCACGAGUUCUACUUUUUCAUCUCGAUAGAUGAUUUAAAAGAUUUCAUGAAAAUGAAAGCUUUUAAUAUUUCUAUUCUUCAGUAUUGGAUCUGGGUUCUUUAUGAUCGGUUUGAGUUAUGCGACAAGAAGACGUAUCGAUUUCUAGAUCCUGCAGAGAUUUCCUCAAAGCCACACAAUGGUAAGAGUAUUGUUGAAAUCAAUAACAAUCGGAUUCGUUAUGUUGAAAAUUCCAUAAAGGAUGACUCUGUAGAGUGUUGGCUGGCUCCCUACAAUGCAGGGUCUGAUUGGAUGUUAUGUGCAAUUGUCCCAAACCAAGCAUUAGUUUUCUGCUUCGAUUUAGUUCAAGAUGUUGAUGUUCGUCGUAAAGCUGACAUGAAACAUAUAAUAAACUCGGCAUUUUUGAACUUGAAGUAUCAAGGCAAAGCACACUAUGUGCAACGUGGAAAAGUUCAUCCGAAGUGGAUAAAUGUGAAAUGUUAUGUACAGGCCAAACAAGUUGAAGGUGCUUAUUUUGUGAUGAGGAUGAUGUAUGAUAUCAUAGUCCGACCAAGGGUACCAUGUAUUGAUGAAAUUUAUGGUAAUGAAGCAUCACCUUUUCAAAUGAAAGACAUCAAUGAAAUGAAGUCAUUGUUUUGUGCUCACUUUAAUUCAAAAUAUGAUGAGCUAAUUGGUUAUAGUGAAGAACAUGUUGUUUCAGUAUUUGGCCAAGUGAAAAACAAUUCAAAAUGAUGUGUCAUGACAAGGCUUGUGGACAUGAUAAAGAAUUCUAUUGGCAAAGAUCUUAAACAGAUGUUUGUAUUGCAAGAUGGACCUGAUUUUGAAGGUGUUAAAGAGAUAAAAAAUCUGGAUUUAGAGCUGUUAUUAUCAAUUUGAGGAUGACAUGUGCAAGAGCUAACUCUUUGUUUGGAAUAUAAUACUCUUUAUGAUGUUUUUUUUGGUAGUAUUACGUAGAACGUAACAUGCACUUUGUCAUGGAUGCAUUUUAGUUGGCAAGUUUUAGUCCAACUUAAAUUGAGAAUGAAACUUUUUUUUAGGUAAAGAGUAACAUUUUUAUACAAUGUGCAUUUUGGAUGUUAAGUGUAAUGAAUGUUGUGUGCUGGA